CCCACACCGCAGAAGAAGAGGUAAAAGCAGACGCAGAAGAAGAAGCAGCCGCGUCGCUGCAAAGCGCUCAGCUCUUCAGUCGCUCGCACAAUGGCGAGAUAGUCAGUCAGUCAGGAGGAAUGGGAACGCUGCUCGUUGUCUGGACUCCGUAAAUCUGUUGCAUGAGAGCUGGGAUUUGUUGUAGCUCGACCGGGGAGCGCUGGGUGAAGCGGCGGAGGGCGCAGUGCGGCGGGAAUGUGGCGGAAAGCUGUGCGCUUUAGUGGCAGGAGACGCUUUGCUACCAUGAGAGCGCGCGAGCCGGGUUUCCAGCGGGCGGCUUGUGUUUAAAACCGGCCUACAGUCUCUCACGCGCACACGCGCGCGCGCGCUUACCCGAGGAGAAGCGGGAGAUCGUGUGGCUUUUUUUUGUUUGUUUUUUGGUGGAAUGGCAACCAGAAGUCGGAGAGCAUGGUUCAGUGUGCUUUUGGGAUUGGUGAUGGGCUUCACUCUGGCUUCCAGGCUCAUCUUACCCCGCGCCACGGAGCUGAAGAAAGCCGGGCAGAGGCGCAGUGCGAGCGGCGGGGGAGGCUGCGGCAUCAGCGGCCCGCUGAGGAAGGAGCACGGCGGGGGGGUGCGGUGGCCGGCGCAGGGGAGCGGCAUGCUGCUGCCGGCGCCAACAGAGAAAGCCGUCCAGAGUAGCCAUAAUUUCCUCUUCGUGGGUGUUAUGACCGCACAGAAAUACCUGAACAACCGCGCAGUGGCGGCUUAUAGGACCUGGGCUCAGACCAUUCCAGGCAAAGUGGAGUUCUUCUCUAGCGAGGGUUCAGACACGUCCAUCCCCAUCCCUAUUGUGGCCCUGAAAAACGUGGACGACUCUUACCCUCCCCAGAAGAAAUCCUUCAUGAUGCUCAAGUACAUGCACGACCACUACCUGGACCGGUUCGAGUGGUUCAUGCGUGCUGACGAUGACGUCUACAUCAAGAGUGAACGCCUGGAAAGCUUCCUGCGAAGUCUGAACAGCAGCGAGCUUAUUUUCCUGGGCCAGACAGGGAUGGGCGCUCGUGAUGAGCUGGGCAAGCUGGCACUGGAGCCUGGCGAGAACUUCUGCAUGGGAGGCCCGGGCGUGAUCAUGAGCCGCGAGGUGCUGCGAAGGAUGGUGCCGCACAUCCGCCAGUGCCUACAGGAGAUGUACACCACGCAUGAGGACGUGGAGGUGGGACGCUGCGUGCGCCGAUUUGCCGGGGUGCAGUGCGUCUGGUCUUAUGAGAUGCAGCAGCUGUUUUAUGAAAACUACGAGCCAAAUAAAAAGGGCUACAUCCGGGAUUUGCACAACAGUAAGAUCCACAGAGCCAUCACACUCCAUCCCAACAAGAACCCACCUUAUCAGUAUCGGUUGCACAGCUACAUGCUGAGCCGCAAAAUUGCUGAACUUCGCCACCGCACCAUUCAGCUUCACCGCGAGAUUGUGCAGAUGAGCCGAUAUGGCAACACGGAAGUGCACAAGGAGGACAUGCAGCUUGGUAUACCUCCGUCGUUCAUGCGGUUUCACCCACGCCAGCGGGAAGAGGUGCUCGAGUGGGAGUUCCUUACUGGGAAGUACAUUUUCUCUGCCUUGGAUGGGCAGCCCCCACGUCGUGGCAUGGACUCCUCCCAGAAAAUGGCACUGGACGACAUCAUCAUGCAGGUUAUGGAAAUGAUUAAUGCCAAUGCGAAGACACGAGGGAGAGUCAUCGACUUCAAAGAGGUUCAGUAUGGCUACCGGAGGGUUAACCCGAUGUAUGGAGCUGAAUAUGUGCUUGACCUGUUGCUACUUUACAAAAAGCACAAAGGGAAGACCAUGACAGUACCUGUCAGGAGACACGCUUAUCUUCAGCAGACCUUCAGUAAGAUCCACUUCUUGGAAGAGGACGAGAUGGAUGCUCAAGCACUGGCUGCGAGGAUCAACCAGGGAUCGGACUCGCUGUCUUUCCUCUCCAGCUCCCUGAAGAAGUUUGUGCCUUUCAAGCUUAGCGGCUCCGGCUCAGACAAGCAAGAACCCAAAGAGAAGAAGGUCAACAUCCUCGUGCCGCUGGCGGGACGUUACGAGAUAUUUGUACGCUUUAUGGCCAACUUUGAGAAGAUCUGCCUCAUUCCAAACCAGAACGUCCGCCUGCUGAUUCUUCUCUUUAACACCGACAACAACACUGAGCGUGUGAAGCAGAUCGAGCUGAUGCGAGAGUAUCGUUUGAAGUAUCCCAAAGCAGACAUGGAGAUCGAGCCCGUAUCCGGCCCCUUCUCCCGCGCCCUUGCCCUGGAGGUCGGCUCCGCCCAUUUCAGCAACGACUCUUUGCUCUUCUACUGUGACGUGGACUUGCUAUUCACAGCCGAAUUCCUCAAGCGUUGUCGUGCAAAUACCAUAUUCGGGGAACAGACCUACUUUCCGAUCAUCUUUAGCCAAUAUGAUCCAAAGGUUGUCUAUGCGGGAAAAGUACCGAGCAACAACCACUAUGUGUUCACGUCCAAAACAGGCUUGUGGAGACACUUUGGCUUCGGCAUCGUCUGCGUGUACAAAGGUGACCUGGUUAAAGCGGGUGGCUUUGACGUCUCCAUCCAAGGGUGGGGAAUGGAAGAUGUGGACCUCUUUAACAAAUUUGUCCAGUCAGGGAUUAAACUGUUCAGGAGCACAGACACUGGCAUAGUGCAUGUACAUCACCCUGUCAUAUGUGACCCCAACUUGGAUCCCAAACAGUACAAGAUGUGCCUGGGUUCCAAAGCCUCAUCCCAUGGUUCAACACAGCAGCUGGCUGAACUGUGGCUGGAGAAGAAUGACCAUGGCUUCCGAAGGAUCUCUAGUUCAAACAAUGGCUCAAUGAGGACAGCAUAGGCCCUGCAAGCAAGGACCUCGACCUGCCUGUCUUCCUCUUUAUGGUGUUUUCAGCUACCUAAUUUAUUUUUUCAUAAAAAGGACUUCUGUGGUUAUAUUUUGAAAUAACUCUUUAUAAAAAAGUAUACAAAAAAAAGAACAAGGACCUUAACAGUGCCAGAAAUUGGUUAUAAAACGGACCCCCAACUGUUGGAACACUUUAACGUGUUUUGUUUCACAAACCCCAAAAAACAGCAUUGUAUUUAUGGCACCUCAUGUGAGGACGCCAAGUGUACUGUGUACCUCAGUGAUGUGCACAUCUGUGUGUGUGUGUGUGUGUGUGUGUGUGUGUGAGAGCGAGCGAGUGGAGAGACUCUUUCAUGAGGGUCUGACUUCAGAUGUGCAAACGUGGUGUUGAGGAACAAUUUAAUGUAUUAUUUGUGAAUGUUUACAGGAAGCCUCACAAACCCGUUUGUCAGAAAAGCUGACAAAAUAACUAAAUUAUUGCAAUUAAGGGCCAUAAAACCUGUCUGCAUUUCUGUUGAUCCCGAUAUUUUUUUUUUUUUCUGUAAUGACACUGUUCUGUUUUGUUUAUUUCAUGAAUUUUGACUUGUGUGAAUAGAACUGCUGGAUCUAGGUUUUGACUUCCAACUCAUUCCCGCUGUCUAAUUUAUUGAUUCAUGCAGUCUUUUGUAGCGUUAUCAGACUGCUGUUGUGUUAGAUUGUAUUCGAUCGAUCCAGCCUGAUCAUCGAGUUGUUUUUGUUACUCCAUUAAUUUGGUUACCAAAGAUUUUUUUUUUUUUUUGCACAGUUGCUGUAGGUGUUUGUGUGUGGGUGUACACGUGUGGGUGUGUAUGCAGGCGGUAGCACAGUCAUGAACAUUAGGAAUGAGGUACUGACAGUUGGAUUAUUUACAAUGCUCCUGCAACUUAUGACCUUUUAUGUAGGAAAAAAAAAAUCAGAUUUGGUGUUUGUUUGUUUUUUUUUUUUUUUUAUUUCUACGAAACGUCUUACCAAAUCUGUGCAGCUUUUUUUGUUUGUUUUUUACUUUUUUCUCUUGUUACACCUUUAACAUUGUAAAGCAAUUUGCAGGACCUUGAUCAAUCAUUUCUCCAUGGUGGAGCUAUGCUGUGUGGAGGUGGGGGAUGUUGCCAACCACCUCACCUAUGGGACACAUGGACUGCUCUUCCUCACUGUUUGACACACCAUCUUUCUGGGGGUUAUUUUGUACUUCUGUUUGUUUAGCCUCACAUCCCACUGGGAAAAGGUUAUAUAUUAAUAAAUGGGGAAAAAAAAAGUUUGUUAAA